GUCAAAACUUUGACUCACUGUCAUUUGGAGCAGUGCGUGCAGCAAAGUACUGUCUACGGAGUAAAGCAGAAUGGCGACGAAGACAAGCAGCUCAGUCUUGAUAAUACUCCAUAAUGCGGCGAUUGUUACGAUGGACGCUGAAUCUCGAGUUUUUAGAAACGGCGGCGUCUUUAUCGAACAAGAUAAAAUCAAAGCGAUUGGUCAAUCCUCCGAUAUUCUCGGCGAAUACUCCACAAUCGCAGAUCAUAUUAUCAACCUCCACGGCCAGUUUUUGCUUCCUGGAUUCGUUAACACGCAUGUUCACACUUCGCAACAGCUAGGUAGAGGGAUAGCUGAUGACGUGGAUUUGAUGACGUGGCUGCACCGUAGAAUCUGGCCUUAUGAAUCUAAUAUGACUGAGCUUGAUUCUUAUAUUUCCACCUUACUUUGUGGAAUUGAACUCAUCCAUUCUGGUGUUACUUGUUUUGCUGAGGCGGGAGGGCAACAUGUAUCUGGAAUGGCUAAAGCAGCUGAGGAAUUAGGAUUACGAGCUUGUUUAACUCAGUCAGUUAUGGAUUCUGGUGAAGGUUUACCACCAUCUUGGGCCAGUCGAACUACAGAUGAUUGUAUUCAGUCUCAAAAGGAGCUUUACGAGAAGUAUCAUAAUACAGCAGAGGGGCGCAUUAGGGUAUGGUUUGGAAUCAGGCAAAUUAUGAAUUCAACUGAUCGUCUAUUACUUGAAACAAGAGAUAUAGCUAGGGAACUGAAUACUGGAAUCCAUAUGCAUGUUUCAGAAAUAGCUUAUGAGAAUCAAGUUGUGAUGGAUACACGAAAAGUGGAACAUGGAACUGUUACAUUCCUGGAUAAGAUAGAUUUUUUGCAAAAGAACUUACUUGCUGCUCACACAGUUUGGGUCAACAAUGCCGAGAUUGGUCUUCUUUCAAGAGCUGGGGUCAAAGUAUCUCACUGUCCUGCUUCUGCAAUGCGAAUGCUUGGAUUUGCACCUAUUAAGGAGAUGCUUGAUUCCAGCAUUUGUGUCUCUGUGGGAACUGAUGGUGCACCAUCAAAUAAUAGAAUGAGCAUGGUGGAUGAAAUGUAUCUGGCUUCUUUGAUGAAUAAAGGAAGAGAAGUUUUUACAAAUGGAACAACUAAUCCUACAGUUCUCCCAGCUGAAACUGUUCUCAAGAUGGUCACUAUAAAUGGUGCGAAAACAGUACUCUGGGAUGAUGAAAUUGGAUCAAUUGAGGUUGGGAAAAAGGCGGACUUGAUCGUGAUCAAUCCUAGUACAUGGUCUAUGGUUCCUGUUCAUGACUGCAUUUCAGGCCUUGUUUACUGCAUGCGCACUGAGAAUAUUGUGUCCAUAAUGUGCAAUGGCAAGUGGAUUAUGAAGGACAAGAAGAUUUUGAAUGUGGAUGAGGAAAAAGUACUUUCAAUGGCAAAGGAAGCGUCUAGUGAACUUCUGAAGAGGGCUGGUAUUAGCAUCCCAAACAGAAUGAAUAUCAUCUAAUCCUCUGUAACUUCUGAAGAGGGCUUCGUUCUUUUUCCCCUUCUCAGUGUCUGUAGAAAGAGUGCAUAUAUCUUUCAUGCGGAAAGAAAUGAGCAUUUAGCAGAAUAGGCUCUUGGAAGUAACAUUCAAUAUAUAAUAUGAUAUACUACAAUUCUGAGCUAGUUCAUGAUUUGCUUUCUUUUCUUUUAACAAAUAGUCCUUUCUAGUGGAAGCAUUUAAUUUCAUUUCA